AUGUCAGCUAAAAUUCCCAGAAACUUUAGGCUCCUUGAGGAGCUCGAGAAGGGCGAGAAAGGCCAAGGAGCAGAGGCUUGCUCCUAUGGUCUUGCAGAUGGAGAAGAUAUGAUGAUGAGCAACUGGAACGGAACUAUUCUCGGCCCUCCUCAUAGUGUCCAUGAAAACAGGAUAUACAGUGUCAACAUCCAUUGCGGUCCCGAUUACCCAGACAAUCCUCCUGAGAUCCAAUUCAUCUCAAAGGUCAAUCUUCCUUGUGUAGACCCACGAACUGGCAAGGUCGACCCUACGAAGCUUCCGUGCUUGGCUCAAUGGAAGCGCGACUAUACUAUGGAGACCAUCUUGCUUGAAUUGAGAAGAUAUAUGGCUCUUCCGCAACACAAGAAGCUUCCUCAGCCUCCGGAAGGCUCGAACUUCUGA